CCAGUCCCCGGCGCGCCGCGGGCUGCUGGGCUCCGCGGCGGCUCUGUUGUCAGGAAAUGACCCUGCCCGGGGGCCCGACGGGCAUGGCGCGACCGGGAGGCGGGGGCCCCUGCAGCCCUGGGCUGGAGCGGGCCCCGCGGCGGAGUGUUGGGGAGCUGCGACUCCUCUUUGAGGCGCGCUGCGCCGCGGUCGCUGCCGCCGCCGCCGCAGGGCAGCCCCGGGCCCGCGGGGCCAAGCGCCGAGGGGGACAGGUCCCUAACGGGCUCCCGCGGGCUCCCCCUGCCCCAGUGAUCCCGCGGCUGACUGUGACGGCCGAGGAGCCGGACGUGCCCCCGGCCAGCCCAGGGCCGCCCGAGCCGGAGGGUGUCUGUCUCCCGGCCGUGGGCUCGUCGCACCUGCAGCAGCCGCGCCGCCUCUCCACGUCGUCGCUCUCCUCCACUGGGUCCUCGUCGCUGCCCGAAGACUCGGAGGACGAUCUUUUGAGCGACAGCGAGAGCCGGAGCCGCGGCAACGUGCAGCUGGAAGCGGGCGAGGACGCGGGUCAGAAAAGCCACUGGCAGAAGAUCCGGACCAUGGUGAAUCUGCCGGUCAUGAGCCCUUUCAAGAAGCGCUAUGCCUGGGUGCAGCUGGCGGGGCACACGGGGAGUUUCAAGGCGGCCGGCACCAGCGGGCUAAUCCUGAAGCGCAGCUCAGAGUCGGAGCGCUACUGCCUGGCGCGGCUCAUGGCAGACGCGCUGCGCGGCUGCGUGCCCGCCUUCCACGGUGUGGUGGAGCGCGAUGGCGAGAGCUACCUGCAGUUGCAGGACCUGCUCGACGGCUUCGAUGGGCCCUGCGUGCUUGACUGCAAGAUGGGCGUUAGGACUUACCUGGAAGAGGAGCUGACCAAAGCCCGCGAGCGGCCCAAGCUACGGAAGGACAUGUACAAGAAGAUGCUGGCCGUAGACCCUACGGCACCUACCGAAGAGGAGCACGCGCAGCGCGCUGUCACCAAGCCGCGCUACAUGCAGUGGCGAGAAGGCAUCAGCUCCAGCACCACGCUCGGCUUCCGCAUCGAGGGCAUCAAGAAAGCCGACGGCUCCUGCAGCACCGACUUCAAGACCACGCGAAGCCGGGAGCAGGUGAUUCGUGUCUUCGAGGAGUUUGUGCAAGGGGAUGCAGAAGUGCUGAGGAGGUAUUUGAACCGUCUGCAGCAGAUCCGGGACACCCUGGAGGUCUCUGAGUUCUUUCGGAAGCACGAGGUGAUCGGCAGCUCGCUCCUCUUCGUGCAUGAUCACUGCCAUCGCGCCGGCGUAUGGCUCAUCGACUUUGGCAAGACCACGCCCCUCCCUGACGGCCAGACUCUGGACCACCGGCGGCCCUGGGAGGAGGGCAACCGAGAGGACGGCUACUUGCUGGGGCUGGACAAUCUCAUUGGCAUCCUGGCUACCCUGGCCGAGAGAUGAGUUUAGACCUCUGUUCCCGCGGACCCAAGGGUCUAAUAGAUGGACCAGCGCCUGCUUCCCCGCCAUGCAUGCAGGCAAGAGACUGAAACCCUGCGGUGCGGGGCGGUUCAUACGGUCCUGCAGGACCAGGUGCCAACCACUAUGGGACACACUGCACGUGCAGGGCCUGGCCUCCAUACAAGCCCCAAUGUUCCCAGAGCCGAUGACACUAAUUUAGCUGGGGGAGGGAGAGGUAGAAUGGGACACAGGGCUUCUUCCUCAGCCCAGCUCGCUCCCAUUCCUCUCCAGAGAGGCCAAAUAAUUAUUUUAUUUCACAGGCACUAGAUCUGUUGGUCUAACCUCCCACACUACAAUGGACUCCCCUUCCAAAUAAAACUGAAAGACACCAGC